UUUCUUCUUCUUCCUCCAGCGUCGACCUCAUCCUCACCCUCUUCUCCUCUCAUUUCCGAUCACCGGAGACCAGCGCCACACCUUGCCGUCGCCCCCUCGCCGCAGCAGAUUCCGGCAUCCCUUCUCUCCUUUCUUUCGUUUUUGGCAUACGCAGAAGGCGCAGGAGAGCCGCGACAUCCUUCGAUCGGAAAGUCGCGUCGAGCCUCCUGCUCCUCAUUUUCCGACGACUCCAGCCUCUCUCGUUCGACGACGAAGCUUGGGUCUCCCUUUUUUUGCUCCCUCCUUUCCCGUUCCGGCUUGACGCAGCAAGCUGGGCAGAAGCUGCGGAUCGUGGGCUCGCGACGAUCUGUACAGUCGCGUUAUCUGCUCUCACCUUCAAGUUUCCGACAUUUUCCAGCUGAGUCUUCAACAUUUUCUUUUCUUCUUCAACUCUAAACAACUGCAGACACCACCAACUUGUAGAAUUUUAGCUCCCAAACCAAAUUAAUCUUUCGCUUGUUUACAAAUCUGUCUUUUAAACAAAUCCACUUUCUCCACUUCUCAAUCUGGAAGUGAAGAAAAAUCGAAAGCUUAGCUGCGUUAACUCUUUGGAUAACGAAACAAUCUCUGCGAUCACCACUGCUCUCAGCGAUGAGUCUGUCUCCAUUCAAGCAGGAUAUUGAUGAGCUUAUAAAUGAAUUUGUUGAGGGUGAGUCAACAACUUUGGCUGAUAUGAAAAAAUUAUGGCUCUCCAAGAAGUUCUCUUUUAUCUUUGAUGCUAUUCCUUCUGCCAAUUUAGCCUUUUUUAUGCAGUCAUUGUUUGCUCAUGCUAUUGGUUACAUGGUCAGUACUGCUUCUCUGUCUCAAAGACUGGGUGGGCUAUAUUGCCUUUACUGCCUAUAUGAGACUCAACCAUUUAAGCCUCCUUUUAAAGUCUAUCUCUCUCUUGGAGAACUAAAGAAACUUAAGAUACUUGUUACUGAUGCAAAAAAGCAGGGUAUAAAAGUUGUCUCGACUUUGGUCAGCAGAACGCUGGAGAAGAACAUGUUUCUCUUUGGGUUUGUGGAUUUAAAUAUGGGCUCUGUUACUCAGACAGUGAACCAACUGACAGAGUUGCAGAAUGCCCGCGUGCAACUUGCACAUAAGAAGUUGUUUGCGGACACUCACAUUGAACAGUUCCUCCACAUGGACCUGGGUGGAGAGCUUGAUUUUAACACAAUCAAGAAAAUGUCAGCAGAGUACGCAGAGGCCAAGAAGCGAGCCAUCCAAGAGGCCAGCAAGGUGGUUGAUGUGCAGAACAUACAGCAUAUAUCUGGCGAUAAGGAAUCGAUUGGAGAUGUAGUGGAGAACAUCACGGGGAACUGGCAUGUCCAAAGAGAAGUGUUUUGUGAGCAGACAGGAUUGAACAGAUCUCUUACACAAGAACAAGAGCAACAACAUCAAAUGCAUGAAAAGCAAGAUGAGUGUGAUGAUGAUAAUGAUGAAUUCAGACGGCAACUAGAACUGCAACUAGUUGAAGAAGCGCCACAGCAACAAGAGGAAGAAGAUGAAGAAUUCAGAUAUCAUCUGGAACUGCCACAAUUUGGAGAUCAGGAACAAGAGCAUGAAGAGCAAGAUGAUUAUGAAUUAUUCAUGAAAAGUAAGGUUAACUAGGAGAUAUGCUAUAGAAGUGGGAUAUAAUCAAGUUAGGAAGCUAAUGAAUUUUUUUUUGUAGGUAUUUCAUGAGUUCAUAUCACUCAUUUGUAAAUAAUUUAUAGAAUAUCUGGAAGGAAAAAGAAAAAGUUUACCGUUUGCUUGAGAGACUUGUUUGGCGGAAAAUAGACAGGAAAAUUGCUAUGAUUCA